UUGCUGGUUGGGAUGGAAUCAAAACAAGAAAUUUGUCUUUAGUGAUUUACGCCUUUAGGAAAUGGAAUUAGACGGAAACGCAGUGUUGGCUAAGUCGUUACGGGAACAGGGCAUUGAAUAUGUGUUCGGGAUUGUCGGAAUUCCAGUUGUGGAGCUGUCAAUGGCGAUGCAGGCCGAAGGGUUGAAAUAUAUCGGAAUGCGGAACGAACAGGCAGCAUGUUAUGCGGCACAAGCUAUUGGUUAUUUGACCGGCAAACCGGGAGUGUGCCUUGUUGUAUCCGGACCUGGUUUGUUGCAUGUAACUGGUGGCAUGGCGAACGCGCAGGUAAACUGUUGGCCUCUAUUGGUAAUCGGGGGAUCGACCUCGCAAGACCACGAAGGUAUAGGUGGAUUCCAAGAGUGUCCUCAAGUGGAAUUGAGUCGACCAUACUGUAAAUAUGCGGCAAGACCACCAAGUGUGGCCUUAAUACCGAUGCACGUCGAAAAGGCCGUACGAUUAGCCUGUUAUGGAAGACCCGGCGCCGCUUACCUAGAUUUUCCCGGCAAUCUGUUAACGGCAAAGAUAAUGGAUGAAGUGUUACCGGUGCAGUACACCCACUCGCCUCCACCAGUACCAUUUCCAGACCCAAAGCUUGUUGCAGAAGCGGCACAUCUUCUAUGUACCGCAAAGCGUCCUUUAGUGAUCGUAGGGAAAGGAGCAGCAUAUGCGCGUUCAGAGCUGCAAGUUCGUCAAUUAAUACACCAAACUAAUCUUCCCUUCCUUCCUACACCCAUGGGAAAAGGAGUCGUGCCAGAUCUUGAUCCACAGUGCAUUGCACCUGCUCGUACCUUAGCAUUGCAAAAAGCCGACGUCGUGCUAUUACUAGGCGCGCGUCUGAACUGGAUAUUGCAUUUCGGUAGACCACCGCGUUAUAGUUCGGAUGUAAAAAUUAUUCAAGUAGAUGUAAAUGCAGAAGAAAUGCAUAACAGCGUACCGAGCAAAGUAGCGAUUCAAUCACACAUCACACCUUUUACUGAGCAAUUAAUUGACGCACUUGCCAAAAAUCAUUUCCGUUUUGGUUACGAAAAUGCAUGGUGGAAGGAUCUGAAGGCAAAGUGUGAGACUAACCGGAAAAUAGUCGAUGCAAUGGCACUAAAUGUGGAAACUCCUCUGAAUUAUUACGCAGUAUUUCAUCAUUUGCAGCAGUACAUUCCCAAGGAUGCCAUCAUCGUUAGCGAGGGUGCCAACACGAUGGAUAUUGGCCGAACCCUUUUGCAUAACAAGUUCGCCCGGCAUCGUCUGGACGCUGGUACCUUUGGAACAAUGGGAGUAGGACCUGGUUUUGCAAUUGCUGCAGCUCUUUACUGCAGGGAUCAUUGCCCAGGCAAGAAAGUGAUUUGUGUGGAAGGAGAUUCUGCUUUCGGAUUUUCAGGAAUGGAAAUUGAAACGAUGGUACGAUAUCAGCUUCCAAUAGUGAUAGUAAUAGUGAACAACGGAGGAAUAUACGCGGGAUUUGAUAAGCAAACAUAUGAUGAUAUGCGUUCUGGAGGAGAUCUGACGCAAGUAACUCCAGCAUCAGCAUUGACGCAUGAAACACGUUACGAAAAUAUGAUGAGUAUGUUUGGUAUGAAAGGCAAUUUCGUGCGCACCAUUGCAGAGCUGCGGGCUGCCGUCAAGGAUGCACUAACGGCAACAGACCGUCCACAUAUUCUCAAUAUUGCAAUCAGUCCGCAAGCGGACCGCAAACCGCAAGAUUUUAAGUGGCUUACAGAAUCGAAGCUUUAAUCAGGGAAAGAGUGACUAUAUGGCAUAUGUUAAUCGUUGGUGUUGGGAACUAUUAUUAACUGGUGGGUACUGAUGGGAAAAGUACUAAAAUUGUGAAUGAUGAAAGUGGUUAGAAAGCGAGUGGGAGAGGGUUGCUAGGUGGUUGAUUUUUUUUAUUGCGACUGAACCAAUCUCGAUAUAUUUAAUCUACUAUUUUAUGUGGCCUAAAUUAGCCGAACAUAUUCGUUUUGCUAGGUGCGGCAGAUUUUUUUAUCACUUUAGUUGGGUUAGUUGAACAGAACAGUUUUAAUUGGGAUUAAAAGGAGUCAGUAUAAUAGAAUGUAUAAAAAAUCAAAAGGAAAUAAAGGAUAUUAAAUUUGAAA